AUGAUUCUGUUCAAAGCUACUGUCCUUGCCACGGGCAUUCUCUCUUUAGUCCUUCCAACAUAUGGCCAGGCACCCAAGGUCAGUGAUUUGGCCGAUGCUUUCGAACUGUCCGAUGUCUCUUUGACAGACAGUCGAUGGAUGGACAACCAAGGUCGAACAGUCAACUAUCUCCUCUCCAUCGACCCAGACAGACUCCUCUACGUCUUUCGAAAGAACCACGGCCUCGACACCAAGGGCGCCGCCAAGAAUGGAGGCUGGGAUGCACCAGACUUUCCUUUCCGAAGCCACGUCCAGGGCCACUUCCUCUCAGCAUGGUCAAAUUGCUAUGCUACCCUAGGAAACAAAGAAUGUGGUUCACGAGCUAGCUACUUUGUCAAGGAGCUCGCAAAGUGCCAGGCCAACAAUGCAAAGGUUGGCUUCACAUCAGGCUAUCUCUCCGGAUUCCCCGAGUCAGAGAUUACAAAGGUCGAAGACAGGACUUUGAGCAGUGGAAAUGUUCCCUACUACGCCAUCCACAAGACACUUGCUGGCCUUCUCGAUGUCUACCGUCGUGUCGGCGACAAUGAUGCUAAAACUGUUAUGCUUUCCUUGGCUAGCUGGGUUGAUGCCCGCACUGGAAAGCUGAGCUAUGCCAAGAUGCAGCAGAUGAUGCAAACUGAGUUUGGAGGCAUGAACGAGGUUCUUGCUGAUAUUGCCUACUACACCCAAGACAACAAAUGGCUCAAGGUCGCCCAGCGCUUCGACCACGCCGCCAUCUUUGACCCUCUUCAGAACAACGUCGACAAGCUCUCCGGUCUUCACGCCAACACACAAGUACCAAAGUGGAUCGGAGCUCUUCGCGAGUACAAGGUCUCUGGUGACAAGAAGUACCUCGACAUCGGCCGUAACGCCUGGGACUUGACUGUUCACAAGCAUACCUACGCAAUUGGUGGAAACAGUCAAGCUGAGCACUUUCGCGAGCCAAAUGCCAUCGCCAAGUAUCUUACCAAAGAUACCUGCGAGGCCUGCAACACGUACAACAUGCUCAAACUCACCCGCGAGCUGUGGGCUUUGAAUCCUACCGACGCAUCGUACUUUGACUACUACGAGAAUGCUUUGAUGAACCAUCUUCUCGGUCAGCAGAACCCCAAGGACAGUCAUGGUCAUGUUACCUACUUCACACCUCUCACCCCUGGUGGUCGUCGAGGAGUCGGUCCUGCUUGGGGCGGAGGUACAUGGAGCACCGACUACAAUUCUUUCUGGUGCUGUCAGGGCUCUGGUAUCGAAACAAACACUAAGCUCAUGGACUCCAUCUACUUCCACACCAAGGACACCCUCUACGUCAACUUGUUUACGCCUUCAAAGUUGAACUGGUCUCAGCAGGGAGUGUCUAUUAUCCAAACGACCGAGUAUCCUCAGAAAGACUCUUCCACUCUGCAGAUUGGUGGCAAGGCUGGCACAUGGACUUUGGCAGUCAGGAUUCCAUCUUGGACGUCCAAAGCCUCUAUCCAAGUCAACGGGCAGAGUGUCAAUGUAAAUACCACGCCUGGAAAGUACGCACUUGUGACGAGAAACUGGAACUCCGGUGACAAGGUCACUAUUACGCUGCCUAUGAGUCUACGAACGAUUGCCGCGAAUGACAAUUCUCAAGUGGCAGCUGUUGCCUUUGGUCCUGUCAUUUUGGCUGCCAACUAUGGCGACUCUGCUGUCAACUCCAUGCCUACUAUCGACCUUGCGAGUGUCAAGAGACAGGGUACAACCGGUUUAAAGUUUGAAGCGACGGCUGGUAACAGUAAGGUCCAGCUGGGGCCCUUUUACGACGCGCAGGGUUUCAACUACAACGUCUAUUGGAAGAUUCAGGGAAAGCUUGGAAAGAGGACUAUGCAAUACUGA